AUGCUUUUGGAAAGCUCUCUUAUGGUUGAAAGACGGGGCGCAUGCGUACGAAGCCAGCCUUCCCUUCCCCAUUGUCCGUUACAAAGCGAAGUCUUACGAUUGACUCGAUGCCUUCGGCGUACCAGAUCCACCGAGGAAUUCUCGUACUUUACCCUACGCAAGAAGGAGACUGAGAAGGCGCCCGCAACGUCAUUGUUUGGAAUCGCCUGUUCACGACAGCUCGACUCGAACCUGCUUAUCAACCGUCCUGCGGAUGUGACUAGAUCAACUGUACAAAAGGCGGUCGUCGUUAUUACGGACACCCCUCAGAGCGUGGGGCAACUGAGGGAGAAGCUCUCUGUCGUGACUUCGGCUUGGUUCGCGCAGCGGUACGUUGAAAAUAUCCAUGUCUGCGUUAAGGACUUCUCGGACAUCGACAUCCUGAAGGUUGGCUUGAUACUUGCAUUGUGCCUCUCUCUGCGGGAGAUGAUACACGAGUUCAAGUACCAGACUCUUGUAUUGUUCAAAGCUCUACUUCUACAGCCAAAGAUGCUCUUCUUCGGCUCACGAUGCGAGCGUUUAUGCAUGAUUCAGUUCUCACUUAUCUCACUGAUCCCGGGCCUGAUAAAUAGCCUGCAGGAUUGUGCUGAUCCAGCGGCUGAUAGCUACGCGCAGACUGUUGGGAAACCAACCUCCUUGAAGACGAGUGAUAGGACAUCCUGUAUCAUGUUUGGACCAUAUACACCACUUCAGCAGCUGGAUCUGCUGGCGGAUCAUGGAACCAAGUCUUACGUUGUUGGAUCCACGAACUCUCUCCUUUUACAACAGAAAGAUCGUUACAGCGACAUAUUGAUUAAUCUUGACGAGGACGUUAUCACUAUCUCAUCACCCUCCCUUCGAAGCGCCCUGGUUCUCUCCACCGCCGACAGGCGCUGGAUUGACCUCCUUACACAGAUCAUAAACGACACCUGGGAUGAAUCACAUCCUCAGCGACCGAAGGAUCACGGAUACAUGGGUUCCGAAGAGUUCAUCAGACUCCAAUUUGAGGAGUAUCUACUUGCAUUGCUGUCCUCCAUGAAAUACCACGAGGAGCUGCAUUCUUGUAGUAGCGGUGAAUCUGGUCAGAGGAGUAGGGCGCAGUUAGAAGCAUACAAUAUCGAGGGUGAUCCGGCUUUGGACUUCAAUCCGGAUUUCCUGGCACACUGGCAAACUACUUCCAAUUAUGCCUUAUUUAAACGCUUAACGUCCGAUGCUCUUUUAUUCUCAAUCGUUGAGCCUCGUCAUCCCUGCGCGGGUGGUCUCACCAUAGAGGACGUUCAGCGGCGGCUAUCGCAACAGGUUGCGGAGCUUCACCUGGACGAGCGGGUGCGUGAAAGCCGCGAGGCUCUCAACAGACAUCUCGCAACCGGUCAGAAGAAAGUCAGCGCUGCAUUCAACAGUUUUUGGGCAGAUAUCGAGGCGAUGCGGGAAGCACAACGGAAGCGGAAUGAGGAGAGAGCUCUUCAGUCGCAACGAUCUUCGAUGGAUCAACCUCGGCCGUCCUUAGAUACAGCGUCGGUCACUUCAGCCACAGGCUCCUGGUUUGGUGGGCGAAAAGCCCCCACUGUGGACAUCGCACAGGCGCAAGCGUCCGUCAACGCCGUGAGUCAGAAAGCUAGCGCAUAUCUUAGUUCAUGGAGCUCGUGGGCCAGCGAGAAACGCAAAGAAUGGCAGGAAAAGAAGGCGACUCCGUCAUCACCGUCCUCUAUCACCUCUCCUUCCACGCCUACAUUGUCUAGUAUAGUCGAAGAUGACGACCCGGAAAGAGGCCGACGCCGCUCUAUGCAGCAACAACGCCAAAGCGAAGAUUCAUCAGCUAACCUCUCACGGAGCGGGAGUCGACGGAAGAGAUGGAGCAAUAUCCUUCUGAGGCGGGAAAGCGGGGAUUUUGAACCCCCCAACGCCAAAGAAGACAGCAGCCCGGACAGCAGCGAACAGGGUCAGCCAUACCCAAAGUCGCCCUUGUCCCGAGGGACUUCAGUUGGCGAAGGCGACGUUGUGCAGUCAACUCAGCCCAAAUCCAUCGAACCUUCCACUGAAUCUCCAGUCAAAAAGGAGCCUGAAACAUCCAGGAUUUCUGAUAUCGUCGAGAAGCAACAGCUUGCAGACGAAGAAAUAGCAGACGGAUCAGGCUCACAUCGGUCAAGUGAUAAAGCACUGUCCGCCUCCGCCGAACCCGCAUCACCCAGCACAUCGACCUCUAAGUCCAACUAG